CCUGCCAGAAUCCCUAAAGGCUAUCAAAGGCAAAUGUCUUAAUAUCCUUGCCAUUGACAACAUGAACAAGAAAGUCAGUGAAGGCAGCAUAUGGGAACUCAUUCAUGAUGCAAUAAACCACAGUACGAAGUAUGGAAGAUACACCAAAGAACAUCUGUCUAAGGAAUGCCAACUCCCACCAGGCGAUGAGCUGAGGAUAGCACUGAUAGGAAUGACAGGAGCUGGGAAAAGCAGCACAGCGAACACCAUCGUGGGAGAGCAAAAGUUUGAAGCAGCCUGCACAGCUUCCUCAGAAACAGGAAGAUGUUCUUAUGGAAAAAGAGAGAAAGAUGACCGAGAGGUAUCUGUUGUGGAUACACCAGGGGUGUGGGAUACACAGGCUAGUAUGGGGGAAGUCAGUGAAGAGAUCGCCAGAAUAACAACAAUCUUCUCAGCUGGUCUCCAUGCACUUCUACUAGUAAUAAAAGCUGGCAGAUUCACGGAACAAGACGUCAAAGUAGUACAGAUUCUUAAAGAGAUAUUUGGUGAUAACUUUAUGAAGUAUGUUGUAAUAGUGAUCACUUGCAAGGAUGUGAUUGUUCAUGAUCAGAAGUUCAAUGGUGAUAUUACCAAGUACAUCCAAACAGUACCGGAGACAUUUAAAACUCUGUUAAAAGAAUGCAAAGGUCGAUAUGUUGCCAUCGACAACCAAACGAAAGACGAAACAGUUAACAGAAUGCAGCUCAAAGAACUGUUCACUUUGGUAGAUAGAAUGGUUAGAAGCAAUGGUGGGGUUCCCUUUAGGAAUAGCAUCUUUCAAGAGGGCCAAAAGGAGAAGGACAAAAUCAAAGAAGAGAUAAUGAUGGAGCUUCAAGAAGAGCAUAUUUUGCCACAGACCCAUGAAGAAGUUGAUGAGAGAUACAGGGAUGAAAUCAUACAAUAUUCAGUGCUGCAAUUGCACCACCACAGCACCAAACCCAGCCCCAUCAUUCCCCCGCAGCCGCUGCGGCAGAGCGUGCCUGUCUCGCAUCAGCCUCACCAGGAACCAGCGAGCAUGCUCCAGAUGUGGGCUACCUCCCUGAAAAUCUUCAGCGAAGUACAGCCAAGAAAGAAAGACAUGAACCUUCAUGCACGGCAACUACAGGGCCAGUACCUGUACCUCCUAGCAGUGGAACUGCAGUGCCAGUACCUGUACCUCCUAGCAGUGGAACUGCAGUGCCAGUACCUGUACCUACAAGCACUACAACUACAGUGCCAGUACCUGUACCUACAAGCACUACAACUACAGUGCCAGUACCUGUACCUACAAGCACUACAAUUACAGUGCCAGUACCUGUACCUACAAGCACUACAACUACAGUGCCAGUACCUGUACCUCCUAGCACUACAACUAAAGUGCCAGUAA